AUGUUUACUAAAAACAUACACACGCAACGUCCACGGGAGGAGUGGACGUGGGCGGAGGCGCGGGCGUGGCGGGAGUGGCGGGCGGGGCGGGAGGAGGCGGCCAGGCGGAGACGGGCCCUGGCCUCCACCCUCACCCUCCAGUUAGAGAGAAUCACUCCUGCCAUCACUAAUUUGCUGCAAGAGUUCGACAGCCAGGUGAUGUGCUUGGUAGACGCCCGGGUGUCCACAGACGAGGCUCUGCUGCUCUACCAGCUGCUGACCGUCAGACUCCGUCACCGCCUCGCCCGCCAGGACCACCUGAACGAAACUCUCAAGAAUCUCCAUCUGCGACGCCGCCAGGUGGAGGAACGUCUGCAGCAGGUGGAAGCGGAGACGGAGAACACUCGCAGGGAGGAGGCGAGAGCGAAGACGAGGCAGGAGAGACUCCAAGAACAGCUGAAGGAAGAGGAAACGGCGCUAAGAAGAGCUCUCAUUAACCUGCCCAUCGACCAGUAUAACUAUCUCCUCGCACUUUACAGCAAGCGAGCGUUGAGCAGCGGGCGUCAUCUUGACCUGCCCAGUGCCAGGGGAGGAGUGGAUGGUGCCCAAGUCUCCACCCCUCACACCCCCUCCUCCCCCUCCCCGCUGAGUCCAGCCACUGCUUCUUCAGCUUGCACUCCAGAGGCCAGUUCUUUUACAUUUUAUAAAUACACUGGGCGGGGGACUCGAACCUGGUACUGUGUUCAAGUUCCCGCCCAGUGUUCCUGCUAUUCAUUCAGUCGUUCUUUACGACUCAUCUUGAGUUAACAUUUAAGUCCUCAUUAAGAGUUAGGCUAAGAUUGCCUCUAAAUAUUUUACAAACUGAGAACCAUUAUUCUACCUCAUCUCAUUGAUGCCGGUGAGAAGCUCUUGAUCCAGGGAAUUGGAGCUGUUUUUCCAGGAAUCGAUCCUAAUUCCCUUCCAUCUCCAGACGCUGUAUGACCCCUUCCACCUCCUCCUAGGAGCAACGGACAACAGUUUGUUUGAUCACAGACAGCCCCAAUUAGCGGAUGGAGGAUAGAGCUUCUACUACUUGCGCUGAAUGACCCACGCGGGUUUAGCGCUUCAUAACUAAAACAACAGCUGAAUGACCUCUACUGGUCAAGGCAAGAGAUAAACUGUCUUGCAUGGUUCUCUACUUUCCUUACUAUUAUUAAUUAUUAUUAUUAUUACGUUCACAAAAAAGCGCUAAAUCCGUGUGGGUCAUUUCGUGCUGCAUGGUGAAGCGCUGACCCGAGGGAGCAGAGACGUGAAGAGUGAGUGUGAUUAUUAAUUGUUUUUAAUAAUUGUUUAACAAUGGCGCUGUGAUGAUAAGAGUAACGAUCACUUGUUGACACUGAAGGUAACUCAUGUAUAGUCAGGAAAACAACAAUGGUAAUGAGACCGCACAUAUCGACUCCUGGAGUCAUCUUCAAAAUAAUGAGGCUGAUGAGGACUCCAGUUGAGAGUCGAAAUAUACAGUC